AUAGAAAAUCGACAUGCGCACUUGCACCCUUAACUAAAAUAUUUUGUAUGGAUGCAAGUAGAACAAAAAAAGGACAAAUAAAAGAGUAUAAAAUUUUUAAGUAAGGCCUGCCUCUGGAGCUUCAGAAAAGACUCUAUUAAAUAAAAAAUGAGCAUUGUUGGAAAACAAUUGAAUUCGCUACCGUCGAACAAUAUCUCAGUCACUGUUGACAAUGAGAAAGCACUAUGCACAAUAACACCCGAUGAUGUUCUAAGACUUAAUAAAAUCAGCGAGGACUAUCUAUGUUCUCCAAGUGCAAAUAUCUACGAAAUUGACUUUACACGUUUUAAGAUUAGAGAUCUCGAAAGUGGAGCAGUUCUAUUUGAAAUAGCGAAACCCCCAAGUGAGCAGUGCAUUGCCGAUGCAAACCUGGAGAAAUUGCUGAGUGCCACAGAAGAUUUGACAAUUGAGGAAACAGCCGAUCCUAACGCUGGGCGAUAUGUGCGAUAUCAGUUUACACCAGCGUUUCUAAAUUUGAUAACUGUUGGCGCAACUGUGGAAUUUACUGUUGGAAGUCGACCUGUUAAUAAUUUUCGGAUGAUAGAAAGACACUUCUUCCGUGACCGCUUAUUAAAGACAUUCGAUUUUGAAUUUGGAUAUUGUAUACCAUACUCGAAAAACAGUUGUGAACAUAUAUACGAAUUUCCUAAUCUUCCACCUGAUCUGGUUGCAGAAAUGAUUUCAAACCCUUUUGAAACGCGCUCCGACAGCUUCUACUUUGUUGACAAUCGACUUGUGAUGCACAAUAAAGCCGACUAUGCGUACGAUGGUGGAGUAAAUGUAUAAAUAUAUUAACAUAUUGGCACUAGCAACAGCAGUACUUCGAAAGUCUUAUUUUUAAAUUUGCAUCAAUUACAACAAUUGAACAUUUUUCCAAGAAAGGAAGUUCAAAAAGUGGCAAGAACGUUUGAUGAAUUACCAUUUCGAACACCCAGUUUUACCAGGAAUUGAUCAAAAUACAGAUGCUUGCAACGAAAGCAUGUAAAAUAUUAAUAGUUGCACUCACGUUCAAUAAGUAUAGCAUUAACUGCUGAUCAAAGAACACAACAUUUCAAUUUAUAUUUUUUUAAAUGAGUGUCAAUAAAUUGCCUUAAGCUUAUGUUGAAUGUA